AUCAUUUGAUUCUAAAUGAUCUAAACUUGCAAAGAGGACCUUGUCCAUUCAUGCUUCUCUCUGACAAUUAACUCAGCCUUAAAAAGGAAACUUAGAGGAGCUAUGAGUGAGGCUAAUAACAAAUGUGAAUAUUCCCACUGGGAGAAGAACCUCAUUUUGUCUUGUUGUUUGUCCUGUACCUAUUACUGCUGUGUUGCAGUUAACAAACAGGAAGGAGUUUUGGUAAAGUCCCCCAGGAACAAAUAUCUACUAAAAGAGUAAACUUAAAGGAAGUGUGGAACUUACCCAGAAUCCAGAGAAGAGUUUCAGAAAGAUUAAAAAAAGCAGGUGACUGGUAGAAGAGCAAGACCUGCUCUUGACAAUGUCAAGGAGAAAGCUGGAGAAUAAAAGCCUUUCUGGCUUGUUGGCCACAUCUCUGCACACACCAAUCAAGACAGAUAACUUCCACAAUUUUUAUAUGCUUGAGUCAAAAGAGCUAGGAAGAGGAAGAUGUGCUGUGGUUAGAAAAUGUAUAGCUAAAUCCACAGGCCAGGAGUAUGCAGCUAAAUUUUUGAAGAAAAGAAAAAGAGGCCAAGACUGCAAAGCAGAGAUUCUGCAUGAAAUUGCUGUCCUUGAAUUAAUGAAAUCCAAUCCUCGCAUAGUAAAUCUCCAUGAAGUCUAUGAAACAGCAAAUGAAAUCAUCUUAGUGUUGGAAUAUGCUGCUGGAGGAGAAAUAUUUGACUUGUGUGUCCCAGAUCUGGAUGACAGAAUUGGUGAAAGGGAUAUUGUAAGGCUUAUAAGGCAAAUACUUGAAGGACUUUGCUGCUUGCACGAAAACAAUAUUGUUCAUCUUGAUUUAAAGCCUCAAAAUAUUUUGCUGAGCAGCGUCAAUCCUCUUGGUGAUGUAAAAAUUGUAGAUUUUGGGAUGUCCCGGAAGCUUGAGAAUUCCAGUGACCUGCGGCACAUCAUGGGAACAACAGAGUAUCUCGCUCCAGAAAUCUUGAACUAUGAUCCUAUUACCACAGCUACAGACAUGUGGAAUAUUGGUGUCAUCUCAUACAUGCUGCUGACACAAGAAUCUCCAUUUGUGGGAGCUGAUGUUCAAGAAACUUACCUUAAUAUAUCUCAAGUUAAUGUGGAUUAUUCAGAAGAAACAUUUUCAUCGGUUUCACAGCCUGCAAAAGACUUCAUUCAAAAACUUCUCAUAAAAAAUCCACAGGACAGGCCCACUGCCGCAGACUGCCUCUCCCAUUCGUGGUUGCAGCAAGGGGAGCUCACGCUCCUGUGCAGCCCUGAAGAAAUUUGCUGCUCCUGUCAGCUGCCAGGACACACCACCAAGUGCUCAGAAGAGUGGAGUGUGAAAGGCAGCUGCAAUGGCAGCUGCAGUGACAAGGAGGACAAGGAGAACAUUCCGGAGGACAGCAGCACGCUCUCCAAACGCUUCCGCUUCGACGAUUCCUUGCAGUACCCCCCAGACUUCGUGACAGACUUCGUGUGCUAAUGUGUCACACAGACUUUUCAUGAAGUGAAUUCAGUAUAAUCUGUUCCAGUGGUGAAAAAAGGUUCUGGCUUGCCAGUUCAUGCAGAUUAUUGGCAUACUGGAAAUGCACUUUGAUUCUUUUAUGCUGGUGCCUCCUUUUCUAUCCAUUGCUGGCAGUGGAUUUAACUCCUGAGGAAUUGGAGUUGUUGUGCCAAUAAAAUGAAUUAUUUUUUUUAAGAAGAUAUAAUUAAAUAUUUUUGCACUUUUCAAGUUCUAGUCAAAAGAUGGUACUAGAGUGAAGAAACUGAAACCUACAAAUGAGUUUAAACAUAGCCUUUGCCAAACAGUGGUUG